CUAACUGGCACCGAAAACACAGAUUCCUCUUCGCCUCAAGACAAAGCUGAACUGGAUCCCUUGCACUUCUGACUCCAUACAUUCUGGAACAGCGUUCCCGCCACACGAGACUUAACACAAUGCACCAGAUCAUUCUAUUUAAACUAACCUCAGCCACUUUACCCUGCCAUUUAGACACACACCAUUGUAACACAGACGGCCAAUCACCCAACUCUGGAGGACCUGCAGACUGCAAAAGAGAGGACAACAUACAUCUGACAUAUGAACAUCUCACAAACAAGUGAUAUCUUGUUUCAUAGCCACCAGGACAGAGUAAACAGAGCCCCGAAAGUUGCUUCCCCCACUCAAUCAACUUAUCCUGCAAUUUCAGUCUGUCAUGAAUAAUAAGCCAUAAAAUAAACCCAUGUCUAGGCACAAUGUGCUUCCCCCAAACCAGGUCAACCCAUGGGACAGGGUUUUCAUGCUAUCUCAUCGAGUUCCAAACUUUACUUACCGAGUAGACCUUCAUUACAUCACCAUCCCAAGUCAGAGUAGUCCAUGUCUGCAUAAUGAACGACCUAGCCAGCUCACGACACUUCAAUAUUCGCCGCCAAAUCCAAGAACCAGCAGCAGAUUCUUUAAUGUCCCAAAUAGAGGAUUGUUUGACUCGGCAACGCUGAAUUCAGGCAACCCAGAUUGAGCCCUCCUCAGCAAGAAUGGCCCAAAAAUGUCGAAGCACACAGACCUUAUUCCAGAGGGAAAAAUCACGAAUGCCUAGACCUCCUUCCGCUUUUGGACGAGCAAGGAAUUUUCAGGAGGUGACUGCUCUCUUCCUAACAGAGGAAUCAUCAAUGUCCCACAAGAACUUGUUGCACACUGACUCAACUUCUUUAAUAGCAAACCGAGGCAACAGAAAAACACUCAUCCAGAACUGCAAUGUACUAGUCAAAAUUGAGGAAAUUAAUUGAAGUCGACCAGCAAAACUCAAUGUUUUUGCUCUCCAACUUCGAACUAUGGCAGUGAUCUUGUCCACUAACACUCUACAUUCAGCUCGAGUGAGCUUCCCAGUGAUUAAGGGAACUCCAAGAUAACGAACAGGGAGCUACCCCAAUGGGAACUUAGAGACAGAAGAUAAAAUCGUUGCUCCUCCCCAGAAAUCCCCCCACAGAAUAAUUGACAUUUCUCUGGGUUGCACUUUAAACCCGAAACAGUAUAGAACGCAUCCAGAACACGACAUAUACCAGCCACACCACGCACAUAUCCAUUAGUAAAAACCAGCAAAUCAUCAGCAAAACAUAAGUGUGUUAUAGCCAAUGGUUUACAACGAGGGUGGUAAGAGACUUGGUUCUGUUUCACUGCUAACUUCAGCAUAGCAUCUAAAACUUCCAUGGCCACUGUAAACAACUAAACAAGUAAGGGGAUAAUGGAUCCCCUUGACGAAGCCCGCGCUUCAUUGCAAAAACACCACAAGAACCACCAUUCAAGCCUACACUAAUCUUUGAGCAACAGACACAGGCUUUUAACCAACUGAUGAAUUGAGCAGGAAACCCCGUUUUUUGUUGAAUAAUUACAUUACAUGAAUUUUAUUUUUGUAGACAUUAUUGGUUCUGUAGAUCAACCAUACUGAAGGCCCAUCUUUGGAUAUUAAUGUUAAGAUGUUCAGUUGCCUGUGGCAAUUUGCAGAGAACCUUUAUGUGGGAGAAUAAAUGGAUGGAGUUGAUUGGUUCAGAAAAUCUCAUCAAAUUUCAUAUCUAAUAAUAGUGAACAUAAAAUGGCUGGAUAAUUUAUAAAAAAAAAAAAAGAAGGCUGGAUGGAGUCAUUACAAACAUUAAAUUAAAAGGGAUGGUGGGGCUUGGGCUGGGCCACAGGCCAACAAGCCAGAACAAUGUGGAGAGAAAAGCAAAUAAAUUGCCCAAAAGAGAAAAGGAAAAAAUCAACAGCCAGUUGGCAUCUGUCUGUCUGCCUAAUUGUAAUUUGUUUGGUUGGACAGACACUGUUUAUGAUGCUGUCUUUAUUAUUUUCUGUUUAUAUUAAGCCAAAUAAAAUCUUAUGUUUGGUAUAAACAUCCACUCGAUGAUAUGCUGCUAAGAAUCUUUUCUUUACUGGACCCUAAUUUGUGUAAUUAAAGCAAGUCUGAAGUCUGAUGAGGUUUAUUUAACGAAAUUGAACGGUGAAUGACAAAUAAUGUAAUGAAGUUUAAUGGACUUUAUGAUGGAGAGUUUACACUUAACCAGGUCUGGAUUACAAGGUCUUUUGAUGUAUUUUGGUUUUCUUUUCUUGUGAUUUAUUUUCUUGGUUCUGUUUGUGGUCGGUAGUUGGUACAGAAUGUGAUUUCUAUUUUAGAUGAAUGCUUAAUGACAUUCGGAAGGAGAAUAAUACAAGUGGGUUUGGACAGUUGUGUCUUUAGCCUCAUAAAUGACCAUAUUGUUAUGCCCAUUAUUAUUCCUCGCAAUGCAGAUUAGCUGAAAGGUUCAAUAUCAGUCCAGUACAAUAGAUUAUUAGCUGUAAAUAAAGUCACAAGGACAAAUUGCAGUUGGUACGUUUUGGAACUUUGAUAUAAAACGAUCAGUCAAUUCAAUCUGGAAAAGCUGGCCCGCUAAUUAUGUCAUUUCAGAAAUAAUUAUGGGUUAGUCUGUUGACUGUGUUUCAUUUCAAAACAAGUGAGUGGUUCCACCACUAACAGAAAAAAUGAAAAUCCAACAUAUUACCCUCCAUUCAUUAAUCUCUUUGUCCAUAACUCUAAAAUAUGCAUAUAACAAAUCAAACACGACAGUAACAAUUAUCAAAUUGAUGUUUCAUGAUUGAGUUAGAUUAAACGGAUUUGAAUUAUAAUUCAAUAAAAUUUGAAACUCAAUAGUAUACUGCAUUGUGCGGUUGGUUGUUCUUUCAUUUCCAUCUUUUCUUUUAUUAUUUUUAUCUACAUCUUAUAUGGAGUUGUGUUAAUUCUUGUUCAGACCGAAUCGCAACCACCCUCACUUCUAAUAAAUCUUUAUGAGUUUGAAUUCGUGAUAUAGCUUUGUUAAAGAAGAUCAAAAAGCAUACAGAGGAAACUAACUAACUUCCAUAGGCAUGAAAACUAUUUUUCGGUUUUUCCACCCAAAUUGGUAUGGGAGGUGACAUGUUGAAGGGUAUUCACAGCGGAUUCAGGGCAAGGACUCUCAUUCUUUUUUUUUUUGACAAAUCGUAGAGCUUAGAUUGCAAAUCGGAAUAACACGGUUACAAAAAGGGGAAAGCUCCCUGAACCCAGCAACAGGAAAAGAAAUCCACAUGUCCAAAAGAACAUAUUGUGCAGCAGAGAAAAGCUCAAGAGAAAAGAGCACAAUACAACCAGAACAGACACGAGAACUCCUUUCCAAAGACCAAUUCACAGAAAACAAAACCCCUCUUUGUAUCCUCAUCAAUCCGAUAAGCACAAAGCACAACACCAGCUCAUCCAAUACAGCAUUGACCAUGGAAAUUGAGCAAAGCAACCCCAUAAGCCGCCUCCUGGGAGUUGUUCAAAGACGACCCAUCACAGUGAAUCUCCGAUUCGGGAUUACGCGGCGGUGGACAGGACUGUGACCGGAUUGCUCAAAGCAUGAUGCGGCCGCCACAGCAAUCAGAAGAGACACCCACUUCAAUCAACCGACACCUUAGGGGAUGACGAUGGAGAGGGAGAAGGUGAAUGCAAUCACCCGAGAGAUGACCACACCAAACAUUUGGAGAAAAGCAGCAAACAGGAUCUCUGAAAGAGGCUUCCCCAAACGGCAUCUUUUGGAACCAUGGAAGAGCAAGGCCAGACCAGAUCUAGAACCUCUAGAUCAGAACCAACAAGGAUCCAUCUCCCAAAGAGAGGAGGCAAAAAGAACCCACAAAGGGAACAAGGAAGGCCACAAAGGGCUUGAAAGGCAGGAAACGAAAGGAGGAAAAAAACAACAAACAAACGGAAAGGAGAAAAGCUUGGGCCACCGCCGGUCACCCUAAAGUGCCGGCGGCAGCCCUGACGAAAAGAGGUUGAGUUUUAGAGAGAAGGGAGAGCGAAUUUGAAUUUGAAAUAGAGAGAAGGUAAGGACUCUCAUUCAAGUUUGUUAGAAUGCAUGUUAUACACAGCGGCGGAUUCAGAACGCAGUAAAGCACUGGGCCGCAUUUCAAUAUUAUAUACCGUAAACAAAAAUAGUCAACAUUUUAAAAUUUUAGUAUUUCAAAUAAAAAAAUAGUUAUAAAAUUACCAACGGUAACAGACAAAUGACUAAUAUUUUGAUGCGUUACAAAAGAUUUAGCUAAUAUUUUGUAUUUCGAAAAGUUUGGCUAAUAAUUUGGAAAGUCUAAAAGGUUUGACUAAUAAAUUGUAUUUACCCAAAAAUAUAUGAUAACAAUAGUUUUCAUUCAUUACAAUGCCAAUUGUAAUAAAAGGUUUUUUAAUUUGGCAAAUCCAUCAAUAAUAAUAGAAUCUCCAUCAAUAUCAAUAGCAUACUCUCUCAAAGAAAAUAGCUAAGCAAUCAACGAGAAAUUCUUAGCAUUUUGUUGCGCAAAUUAGUUUUAAAUAUUUCACUGCUUAAAAUGUUCUCUCCAUGGUAACCGCUGAAACGGUCAAGGUCAACACUAGAAGAAUCAACCAACAAAUCAAUUUGUUUAGUGGAUUUUCUUAUUUCAAUGAAACUUUAUACACUCU